UGUUGCUAACUUAGAUCCAUUUUUAAUCGUGAGCAGCUGUUGAUGUUACGUUUUUAGUUUGCUAACUAUGCAUGGUGGUACUUUCCAUUACAAACCUAUGGUAUUGCUAACGUUAACUAGCUAGUUUAGGAUGUUUUUUUUUAGCAGCUAGCUAAUGUUAGCUAUUGACGUGUCGUUUCUGAGUCCUACCUCUGCCCAUCCCAUGCAGUCACUUUUAGCAUAUUGUCUCAUUUUACGACCCGAUUUUUUUUUUACAUGAUUGUAGAUCUCUAAGUUACAUAAGAUUAUGAUAAAGAUGUGUUUAUUCAGCACCCUUCUUGCGGGGCACAAGUGGUGUCGGGGUUAACUAGCCGUGGCUAACGUUAGGCGAUGUAACUAAAGUUAAUGUCAUGACGCUCAGAGCCAAGCCACAACAAGCCAUUCAUGUAGCGUAGUUAGACGCCCUCAACAAAACGUGAUCCUGUAACUGGUUGUAAUUGUAACUGGUGGUGGUAUAACCGAAAUUAUGUGAUACAGUCAUGUCAUUAUAAUUAGAAGUGGUCACGUUAGCUAAUAAAACGUUUCCGGACAGUCAGUCAUGACUGAUAAAUGUGAAUUACAAAGUGAUGUAGCUAACGUUAGCUAGCCAGUUUACUCACAAGUACAGUGUUUAAACUAUUGUUUUGUUGUUGUUUUUACCGUGGACUAUCUGAAAAUGAGGGCCGGGGGGAUGGGAUCUCCGAUCUACAUUGAAUCAGUUCUAUAUUUAAUUCUAUGGAAUAUACUCAACAUCAGUGUCUGUCUUUAUUAUAAUGUUUUUUACUUGAUGGGUCAACAACCAAUCUGUAAUACAGAUCGUGUGAAAGGGUGAAGGCAAGCAGCAUCAUGAUAACUUCCGGCUAUGGGAAGGAAUGUUUACAGUAGUUCAGGUGGAUGCAGGGACCAGUUGGGAUGUUUGGCUAAUGGAUAACAUUUAAUUUUCAUUCACAUUGAUCCUGCUCAACCAAGCAUGUAGGAUUCUUGGGAAAAUAGCCACAAUGUAGACCCAUAGUGAGAGGUGACGACAAAUGAAAUGCAGAAAUUCACACAUUUUUUGUCAGCAAAUUACUUUUACUACAUCUAUAUUCCCAUAAGUAUUUUUCCUUUAAAAAAAAUAGUUUAUUGUGAAAGUGACAUCUGCCCCCAUGUUACCUAAUAUGGUCUCAUUUCCUGUACUUCAGGCUUGACUUGUGGAAUUACAACACAUUCUGUGCAGGCACUUUUAGUGUAUAUAGUUCCUUCCUGCCUCGUUCGACUCGAUUUGUCUGAACAUGCAGGCAGAGGCUUGAAGUGUUAACAGUUCUUCUUGGUCAAAUGCAACUGUGUUUCUAUCCUUUACAGCAACUUGUGCAUGUCUACCUGGGAAUGGGCUUAUGAAACACCACAUCGUCUUAGUAGGUUGUAGUGUGCUGUGUCAGGGCCAUGGCAUUGAAGGACAAGCUGGAAGCGGUGCUGAACGUGGGGCUGCGUGUCCCCAGCAUCAUGCUGCUGGAGAUACUCUACCGCUGGGAUGUCAGCUCCUUUUUCCAGAAGAUCCAGAGGAGCAGUCUCAACAACAACCCCCUCUUCCAGUACAAGUACCUGGCUCUCUACCUGCACUAUGUAGGUUACAUCCUCAGCCUGGUGCUCCUGACUCUGCCUCGUCAACACCUGGUGAAGCUCUACCUGUACGUGCUAACUGCCCUGCUGCUCUUCGCUGGACACCAGGUGUCCAGGGAUUAUGUCCGCAGUGAGCUGGACUCUGGGUACGAGGAACCGCUCUACCUGGAGCCACUGUCCAUGAACCGCUUCUCCACCGCCCUCAUAGCUCAGCUGGUGGUGUGCACCCUGUGCUCCUGUGUCAUGCAGACCAAGAGGAUCUGGCUGUUCUCUGCUCACCUGCUCCCCCUGGUGGCCCGUCUCUGUCUGGUCCCCCUGGAGACCAUCGUGUUCAUCAACCGCUUUGCCAUGAUCUUCACGGGCCUCGAGGUCAUCUACUUCCUGGCCUCCAACCUGCUGGUGCCCUACAACCUGGCCAAGACCGCCUACAGGGAGCUGGUGCAGGUGGUGGAGGUGUACGGGCUGCUGGCUCUGGGGAUGUCCCUGUGGAACCAGCUGGUUCUGCCCGUCCUCUUCAUGUGCUUCUGGUUGGUUCUGUUCGCCCUGCAGAUCUACAGCUACUUCAGUAGCCGGGACCAGCCCACCUCCAGAGAGCGCCUGCUCUUCUUGUUCCUCACCAGUAUUGCAGAGUGCUGCAGCACCCCCUAUUCCCUGCUGGGCCUGGUCUUCACUGUUUCCUUUGUGGCCUUGGGUGUCCUCACCCUCUGCAAGUUCUACCUGCAGGGCUACCGAGCCUUCAUGAAUGACAACACCAUGCACCGGGGGAUGACAGAGGGCAUCACGUUACUGAUCCUGGCUGUCCAGACAGGUCUGAUCGAACUGCAGGUCAUCCACCGAGCCUUCCUCCUGAGUAUCAUCCUCUUCAUCGUGGUGGCCUCCAUCCUACAGUCCAUGCUGGAGAUAGCUGACCCCAUUGUACUGGCUCUAGGGGCCUCCCGGGACAAGAGCCUGUGGAAGCACUUCCGGGCCGUGAGUCUCUGCUUGUUCCUGCUGAUCUUCCCAGCCUAUAUGGCCUACAUGAUCUGCCAGUUCUUCCUCAUGGACUUCUGGCUCCUCAUCAUCAUCUCCUCUAGCAUCCUCACCUCACUGCAGGUGCUGGGUACCCUGCUCAUCUACAUCCUGUUCAUGGUGGAGGAGGUACGUAAGGAGCCCGUACAGAACAUGGAUGACGUCAUCUACUACGUGAACGGAACCUACCGGCUGCUGGAGUUCCUGGUGGCGCUCGUGGUGGUGGCCUACGGCGUGUCAGAGACCGUGUUCGGGGAGUGGACAGUGAUGGGCUCCACCAUUAUCUUCAUUCACUCCUACUACAACGUCUGGCUGCGCGCCCAGCUGGGCUGGCAGAGCUUCCUGCUGCGCAGAGAAGCUGUCAACAAGAUCAAGAGCCUUCCCACCGCCUCUGACCUGCAGCUGAAGAAGUACAACGACAUCUGCGCCAUCUGCUAUCAGGACAUGAAGUCUGCUGUCAUCACCCCUUGCAGCCACUUCUUCCAUGCUGGCUGUCUCAAGAAGUGGCUUUAUGUACAGGAGACCUGCCCCCUCUGUCACAAACAGCUGAAGAGCCAAUCACAGCCUGCCAGUGCCACCGCAGUACCCGCCCAGGACAUUCUACCAGCCAAUCCCAACCCAGCAGAGGCUGUGCAAGGAGAGCCAGUGGCUGUUGAGGGGGACAAAACCGUUACUCGGAACGGUGUUCCUGUUGAAGGGAGCCAAGCCAGCCCCUCUGCUAACCCUAACCUAGAGCUUGAGGGCAAGGCAGAGGAGAAUGCCCUGGGCCCCCAGCAGGCUGACACAGUGGACAGUGUGUAUUUGGAGGGCCAGGUGGCCGGUCUGUCACAGGGCUCGGGGGAGUCAUGUCUCCGGCAUCGCCAGCCCCAGCAGUCUGCCUCUUCACCUGCAGCAGCAACAUCCACAGCAUGUGGAGCUGAACUCUAGUCAGAACGGUCUGCCAGCCCCUGCUGCCUCUUCACCUGCAGCAGCAACAUCCACAGCAUGUGGAGCUGAACUCUAGUCAGAACGGUCUGCCAGCCCCUGCUGCCUCUUCACCUGCAGCAGCAACAUCCACGGCAUGUAGAGCUGAACUCUAGUCAGAACGGUCUGCCAGCCCCUGCUGCCUCUUCACCUGCAGCAGCAACAUCCACGGCAUGUAGAGCUGAACUCUAGUCAGAACGGUCUGCCAGCCCCUGCUGCCUCUUCACCUGCAGCAGCAACAUCCACAGCAUGUAGAGCUGAACUCUAGUCAGAACGGUCUGCCAGCCCCUGCUGCCUCUUCACCUGCAGCAGCAACAUCCACGGCAUGUAGAGCUGAACUCUAGUCAGAACGGUCUGCCAGCCCCUGCUGCCUCUUCACCUGCAGCAGCAACAUCCACAGCAUGUAGAGCUGAACUCUAGUCAGAACGGUCUGCCAGCCCCUGCUGCCUCUUCACCUGCAGCAGCAACAUCCACAGCAUGUAGAGCUGAACUCUAGUCAGAACGGUCUGCCAGCCCCUGCUGCCUCUUCACCUGCAGCAGCAACAUCCACAGCAUGUAGAGCUGAACUCUAGUCAGAACGGUCUGCCAGCCCCUGCUGCCUCUGAACCUCACUCCUGCAUACUACCACCUCACACACAGCUAAAGACUAAGUAACCAAGAUGGAGGUUGCUGGUUAACUGUUGGACUGACUUGCCACUAUCCAACACCUCCCCAUUAAUGAACUCAUCUAUUUGUUGGCCUGUUUCUUAGAUUUUGUUUUUUAAACUCAUUAACAUUUCAUGGUUAUUAAUCCUAUAGGAUUGUAUGAAAUCUGAUGCAGACUUUAGUAAUGUUUGAUUCUGAGAUGCCAUGCUGAACAUUACAUUUCACUGUUGAGAAAUAUGCAUUGACUUCUCCCACUUGUUGACAAAAUACGUAAGUAGCCUUGUGUGAGCCAGAACCACCACAGACCAUAUCACCUCCACUCAUGGCAGCAGAUCUCUGUCUCUGUAGCAUGAGGCAGGUUGAUGUACGAGUACACACCCUGGACGGGACUCUAGUCCAGGGUUCGGCAACCCUGUGCCUGCGGCCCUCCAGGACCGUCAUGUUGUUGGUUUAACCCACCUGGAAGACCAGGUGUGUUGAAUUUAGUCAAUUACUGAAGUGAUUCGUUAGCUCAGUUGGUCAGGUGAGGUGCCUAGUUGGAACAACACACUACAGUACCUGCACACUUCAGAAACAGGGUUGCCUCCCCUCUCCACUAGUCUAUCUGGGGGCCUUACCUCCAAUCUCUCUUUAACACGGAGUCCCAAGUAGAUGCAAAUUGGGUCCCAUUUCUUCAGUCUCUGGUAGGACUGGGCGGGGAUUGAACUCUCAACCUAACGAUUUCGGGGUGGAAACUCUAAACACAAGGCCACUGAGUUUAACAACAAAAUGCAGCUUUGAAGUUGAGUUGCAUUCUACUGUACAUCCACUAAACAGCAGACAACUCAGCCACAGCAUUUAAUAGUUUCAUUAACGCUCAUUCAACAUCCAAUAUUUUCCAAUUGAGCUGUGAUUCAAGACCAGUGUUAAUUAUAUCAAGGGAUAUGACCCUCUGUAGGUUACUAACGUGAGCACCCCCCCCCAGUUGGGCCUGAUCUGUUCCCUAGUUGGGCCUGAUCUGUUCCCUAGUUGGGCCUGAUCUGUUCCCUAGUUGGGCCUGAUCUGUUCCCUAGUUGGGCCUGAUCUGUUACACAACCUGAAUGUUACCAAGUCCAGGGACAGGGCAGGCUGGUGUGUAGGUGGAAGACACCAAUGCUCCCUGUGUGUGUUUCGAUUUAAAUUCAUUCAUACUGAAGAGAACAGACCCAUAUGGCGCUUUAUAUACGUUUAGGCUUGAACGGAGUCACCGUCCGACAGCCAUGGGAACUUUAUUUACAUGAUAUGUAAUGGAGCCAUCUGCACCGUCAUUUAUAGCGACGCUCCAAAGUUGUCUUUGUCAGGUACCAAAUAGUUUUGGUAUGUAUGAGAAAAAGCCCUAUAUAAAUGUGUGUUUAUAAACAUGUAUAUUGUAUCUGAAGAGGAAUUUUGAUAUGCCUGCCAUUCAGUGUUAAAAGCUGAACCUCCCCCAGUAUGACGUGAUCAGAGGCUUGUGUGAACACUUUAUUAACCCUCACGGUUGAAGUGUGAAGAGAGCUGAUCACCGAUUGAGGGAGUUACCAGCGCUGAAUUGACCUAAAACAGUAUUAUUUGUCACAAUUUUGAGAAUGAAUACAUAGUAUUAUGUAUGAUCAAACUUGUCAAAUGUUCCAUCAAUUAAUUGGUGGCUUUUGGACAUUUUCUUGAGUCUGUAUUGGGAGAAACGGCUAAGAGUGUACAGUAUUUUACAUGCAUCAUUACAUCGACAUUUUGAAGAGGACUUUUAGCAUUUGAAAUGCAUUCCUAUUUGGAAUGGAAUGUUUCUUUUGAGAAGCCCUACAAAUUAAUUUUUAUUUAAUUUUUUUAGAAUACAAAGAACGACAUGCUCUGUGAAUGCUGAUUUCCAGUCAAAUUGUUUUGGUAAGAAAUUUUCCUGGUGUUGCCUUUUUUAUUUUACAAAACUGCUGAAUGUCAAAUUCUACAAUCUAAUUUUAACCUACA